GAGUGAUGAAAAGUUGGAAAUUGGAGAGGGGUACUGAAAGCACCUUAUCCUUUAAAUUUUAGAGAGAGAAAGAGAAAUGGAAUUCACAGAGAAGGAAGAAGGUUUGGUGAAGGAAUCAUGGGAUGUUUUGAAGAAGGAUUUGCCUCUCUACAGCCUUCAUUUCUUUACUCAGAUAUUGGAGAUAGCUCCAGCAGCAAAGGAUAUGUUUUCUUUCUUGAAGGGUUCUGAAGAGGUUACUCAGAACAAUCCUAAGCUUAAGGCUCAUGCACUUAAGGUUUUCAAGAUGACAUGUGAAGCAGCCAUUCAGCUGCGAGAGAAGGGGGAAGUGGUGGUCUCUCAGACUACCCUACAGUAUUUGGGCUCUGUCCACCUUCGUAAUGGAGUCAUUGAUCCACAUUUUGAGGUGGUGAAAGAGGCAUUGUUGCGAACCGUGAAGAAAGGAAUGGGAGAGGAAUGGGGCGAGGAAAUGGGCAAUGCCUGGACCCGGGCUUACGACCAAUUGGCUUCAGCAAUCAAAGCUGAAAUGAAAUAGAAAAAGAAAAAGGGGGGGGUGUUUGAAUAUGCUUUAUUUGUUUUGGCGAUAUUGGCGAUGGGGCUCAAAGCUCAUAAUCUUAUGUCCUUUUAAUUUCCUUGUCAACUCUUUAUACUGCCAUUUCAUUCC